CAACCUGCCAACACUUACUGACACUCACUCAUCUCAGAGAGAGAGAGAGAGACAAAAUACCUACCAGGAAAAAAGAGAGGGGAGGGGGGAAGUCCAGGUUUUGCAAACUAUUCAAUUUUUCUUCGCAUCUUUCCCCACCCCCCUUCCUAGUACUUAAAAAAAAAAUCCCAAUAGCGAUCCUAAAAGGCAAAACCCAAACGCGGAGUUACUGGAAGAAGAAACCGGGGUUAAAAAGAUUCCUCCUCUCUUCUUCAUCAUCAUCAACCAUCGUUCAUUCACUACCUUGACAUUCCCUGGCUUUGAUUGACAGCUGGAGUGGCAAAAAGCCAUGAGACACGACAGUUUGGUUACAUGUGGGUUGCUGACGGGCCGAUCGUAACCUUCAGUUUGGGGGCUUGACAAUUUUUUUUUUUUUUUGCUUAGAGAAAGAAAAAAGGAAAAAGAGAGAGAAAGAGAAAAAGGAAAGAGUGAGAGAGAAAAAAGAAGAAAUACACGAACAUCGUGGUUCUUGGCUGAUUAUUUUUAUUAUUAUUGUUAUUGUUAUUAUUAUUAUUUACCCAGACUGGAGAAUAGGCGAAGUCUUAAGUGGGUUGCCAAAAAAAGGAAUCUUCUUCACUGUAAAUCACUUUCUUUUCUGGACUGGGAUAUUAAAUAUACGACACAUCCAGGAGUUUAUUGGAGCGCAGACUGAUGGCGCAAAGGUACGAUGAGCUGCCCCAUUACGGCGGGAUGGACGGAGUAGGGGUGCCGGCUUCCAUGUACGGAGACCCUCACGCUCCCCGGCCGAUCCCCCCGGUUCACCACCUGAACCAUGGGCCGCCGCUACACGCCAGCCAGCACUAUGGAGCGCACGCCCCGCACCCCAAUGUCAUGCCAGCCGGCAUGGGAUCGGCUGUCAACGACGCCUUGAAGCGGGACAAGGAUGCGAUCUACGGGCACCCGUUGUUCCCCCUGUUAGCGCUGGUCUUUGAGAAGUGCGAGCUGGCGACCUGCACUCCCCGGGAGCCUGGUGUGGCCGGCGGGGAUGUCUGCUCCUCGGACUCUUUCAACGAGGACAUCGCGGUCUUCGCUAAACAGGUCCGCGCUGAAAAACCACUUUUUUCUUCAAACCCAGAGUUGGACAAUUUGAUGAUCCAAGCAAUACAAGUACUAAGGUUUCAUCUUUUGGAAUUAGAAAAGGUCCACGAGUUGUGCGAUAACUUUUGCCAUAGGUACAUUAGUUGUUUGAAAGGAAAAAUGCCAAUCGAUCUAGUUAUUGACGAAAGGGAUGGCAGCUCCAAAUCUGACCAUGAAGAACUCUCAGGAUCUUCCACAAAUUUAGCCGACCAUAACCCUUCAUCUUGGAGAGACCACGAUGAUGCAACCUCAACGCAUUCAGCAGGCACACCGGGGCCCUCCAGUGGGGGCCAUGCUUCCCAGAGUGGAGACAACAGCAGUGAGCAAGGGGAUGGUUUAGACAACAGCGUAGCCUCACCUGGUACAGGGGACGAUGAUGAUCCAGACAAGGACAAAAAACGUCAGAAGAAAAGAGGCAUUUUUCCCAAAGUAGCAACAAAUAUCAUGAGAGCGUGGCUUUUCCAGCAUCUCACACAUCCAUAUCCUUCAGAGGAGCAGAAGAAACAGUUAGCCCAAGACACAGGACUUACAAUUCUACAAGUAAACAACUGGUUUAUUAAUGCCAGAAGAAGAAUAGUACAGCCUAUGAUUGACCAGUCAAAUCGAGCAGGUUUUCUUCUUGAUCCUUCAGUGAGCCAAGGAGCAGCAUAUAGUCCAGAGGGUCAGCCAAUGGGAAGCUUUGUAUUGGAUGGUCAGCAACACAUGGGAAUCCGGCCCGCAGGUUUGCAAGGCAUGCCAGGGGACUGCGUCUCUCAGGGUGGUCCUAUGGGUAUGAGUAUGGCACAGCCAAGUUACACUCCUCCCCAGAUGACCCCACACCCUACUCAGUUAAGACAUGGACCCCAAAUCCAUUCAUAUUUGUCAAGUCACCCCCAUCACCCAGCCAUGAUGAUGCACGGCGGACCCCCUACCCACCCUGGAAUGACCAUGUCAGCACAGAGCCCCACAAUGUUAAAUUCUGUAGACCCCAGUGUUGGUGGACAGGUUAUGGACAUUCAUGCCCAAUAGUAUAAGGGAACUCAAGGGAAAAAAACAAAAACAAACAAAAAAUCAAACCUAUUUUAAGACUUUUGAACUUUGACCAGAUAUUGACACUUAAAACGAAAUUCCAGACAGCUGUGAUUAUUUUUUACUUUUGUCAUUUUUCAUCAACAACAGAGGACCAAUGAGAAAAGAACAGAAAUGUGAAAUCAUGGGCUCACUGAAACAAUUAUGUCCAUGUAAAGAUCCUCUGAGGGGAAAAAACAAAAAACAAACAAAAAAGACUCCAAGAGUUAUAACUACUGUAGUAUAAACAUAGGAACUAAGUUAACUUGUACAUUUCUGUUGAUCACUCCGUUAUGUUGCCUCAAAUAGUUUUAGAAGAAAAAAAAUUCCUUGUUUUCCACACUAUGUGUGUUGUUCCCAAAAGAAUGACUGUUUUGGUUCACCAGUGAAGUCACUAUCCAUGAAAGACUACAGUAUAUUUCAGACCAGUUUUGGCCAGUGAAAAAAGAAUUACCCUGGAGAUGAAGAUGAAAAGUCUUGCUGGGUCUCUCAUCACUCAGAAGACAGUUCCAAGAAGGCCUUGCCAUCCCCUGGUUUUGUUCCUUCAUAAAUGUGUCCUUUAGUUUCAAACAGAUCUUUAUAGUUUGUGCUUCAAAAAACCAUUUUUUGGACUCUUCUUCAAAGAGCUUGCAGGUGAAAAUUUAAAAGACAGAGCAGGAGCUUCUUCCAGGGUUCUGAGCCUUGGCUUUGGACAAAACAAAACUAAAAGUUGGGCAGCUUUCCUCAAUGAAAGAAGUUACUAAUGGUCUUUGCACCAAACCUAGAACUUUAUCAUGAACUCAAAGCUUGGGAAAAAAGCAAGAGAAUACUGUAACAAACUUCGUACAGAGUUCGGUCUAUUAAUUGUUUCAUGUUAGAUAUUCUAUGUGUUUACCUCAAUUGAAAAAGAAAAAAAAAAGAAUGUUUUGCUAGUAUCAGAUCUGCUGUGGAAUUGGUAUUGUAUGUCCAUGAAUUCUUCCUUUCUCAGCACGUGUUCCUCACUAGAAGAAAAUGCUGUUACCUUUAAGCUUUGUCAAAAUUUACAUUAAAAUACUUGUAUGAGGACUGUGACGUUAUGUUUAAAAAAAAAGGUGUUAAGUCACAAAAUGCGGUAAUAAAUAUUUCAUUUUUGAUUUUU